UUUCUUCUUUCACGGCCCAAAAAGAAAACAAUGGAAAAACCCUAAUAUCUCAGAACUCAGAACACCCAAAACCUUUUCUUCUUCGAUUACAGACUCAGUUGUCGAUCAGAGAAUGCCAGAGAACAAACCAGUGAUUGGUCUUUCAUGGGAACCAAAGCUGCCAAAUUUGUCAUCAAGAACCCAUAAUGGGUCUGAGAGCAAAUCUCAGAAUCAGGGUGAAACCAGUGCACUUUGGAGACCCAAUUCAGAGCUUGUUGAUGGGCUUUUUGUCCCCCCGAAUGACCCCAGAAAGUUAAACAAAUUCAAGAAAAAGCAGCUCAAAGAUACUGCUGGAAAAAGCUGGUUUGACAUGCCUGCACAAACCAUCACCCCGGAGAUUGAAAAAGAUUUACGAUUACUGAAGUUGAGAAGUGCCAUUGAUCCAAAGAGGCACUACAAGAAGGGUGAUUCAAAAUCCAAAACGUUGCCCAAGUAUUUCCAGAUCGGGACGGUGGUAGAGUCAGCCUCAGACUUCUUCACUGGUAGACUAAAAAAUAAGGAGAGGAAGGGAACAAUUGCAGCUGAGUUGCUAUCUGACCAUACCCUUGCUGACUACAGGAAGCGCAAGGUUCGAGAGAUAGAAGAAAAGAAUCAACCAGGGGGAAAUGAGAAAUGGAAGAUAAAGGGUCGGCAGUCACUGAAGCGUGCAAAGCAAAGAAGGCACUGACAUAUCAUCACCAUUUUUUAUCAGAUAUUUCUGCAUUUAUAGAGCAUGGAAAGUUAUUGUGUCAAGAUAGACCCAGCGACAGAUCCGAUAAACUGUGAUACUUUUAACAAAUGACAUGAUAAAUAGAGUAUGCUGAGCUGAUUUAUAAUUCAUAGCUAUAUUCACAUGUACCGUUUCUCUUCUAGGUUGGCUCUUUCCCAUAGUUUCCAUUAUAAAAUUGUUCAUGAUUUUUGUGAUGUAUAAACGCAUGCUCCAGAAAAUAACAGUUAUUGAUGGGAAUUUUGGCUCAAGACAUGUUUAAGAGUUCUUGGAAUA